AUGUUUAAAAAAUUUUUGAUCGAUAAUUUUGUUCCUCGAAUUCCAAAGAAGAUUGAAGGCGAGAAGAUCAAAGAUGUGGAGCCUGAGGCAUCGGGAUCAGAAAAUUACGGACCCCUUGAUAGUAAGGAAGAGAAAGGUACUGAUAUAAACGGAAAAGAUCAAAAGAAUGAUGCUAAUUCGAUUUUUACGGUAUCAACGAAUUCUUCUGCGGACAAGUCAAAUCACUUGCAUAGGGCAUUAAGAGGUAGGCACGUUCAGUUAUUGGGAAUUGGUGCAACAAUUGGCUCGGCAUUGUUUGUUUCUAUUGGCAAAGCGUUGGCAAAGGGUGGACCUUUGAAUUUGUUGCUAGCAUUUAUGUUUUGGUCAAUUCCUAUCUUAUUUAUAACUGUUUCUACAGCAGAAAUGGUUACGUAUUUACCUAUUACAUCUCCCUUCGUAAGAUUGGCAGGGAGAUGUUGUGAUGAAGCUUUAGAAAUUAUGACUGCAUGGAACUUCUGGUUUUUAUGUUGUGCCCAAAUCCCUUUCGAAGUUACUACAGUUAAUUCUGUUAUUCAUUUUUGGAGAGAUGAUUAUUCUCCAGCAAUUACUUUGACCGUUCAGAUCGUCCUUUACUUCAUUAUUAAUCUUCUAGGUGUUGCUAUUUACGGGGAAACUGAAUUCUGGUUAUCUUUAGGUAAAGUUAUCUUAGCAACGGGAUUGAUCAUUUUCACGUUCAUUACUAUGGUUGGUGGAAACCCUCAACAUGACGCAUUUGGAUUUCGUUAUUGGAGGGACCCAGGCCCAAUGAACACAUAUGACCAUACUGGUGAUUUAGGUAGAUUUCAAGGGUUUUUAGCAUGUUUAAUUCAAGCAUGCUUUACAUUUGCUGGACCUGAAUAUAUCAGUUGCGUGGCUUCAGAAACGGUUAAUCCUAGAAAGACAUUACCAUCAGCAUUCAAACAAGUGUUCAUUAGAUUGUCGGUGUUUUUUAUUGGUGGUGCUCUUUGUGUGGGUAUUUUAGUAGCAUAUGACGAUCCAAAAUUAGUAUCCACCAUGGGUGCAAGUAUCCCGGGAGCAGGAGGGUCACCCUAUGUUAUUGCAAUGCAAAACUUAAAUAUUAAGGUUUUGCCGGAUAUUAUCAAUGCCUUAUUAGUCACAGCAGCAUUCUCGGCCGGUAAUUCUUACACGUUUUGUUCGUCAAGAGUGUUGUACGGUUUUGCAGUAGAUGGCUAUGCUCCUAAAUUUUUUACUGCUACCACCAACUCAGGUAUACCAUUAUAUUGUAUAUUGGUUUCCUUAUUAUGGGCGUUAAUUUCCUUCUUGCAAUUAGGUGAGCAAGCCUCAGUAGUCUUAGAUUGGAUUAUGAAUUUGAUUACUUCAUGCCAGUUGAUGAAUUUUACAAUCUUGUGUGUGGUUUAUGUUUUCUUUUACAGAGCAAUGAAAGCCCAAGGCAUUGAUAGAAGAACAUUACCUUUCAGAUCUUGGUACCAACCUUGGUUGGCAAUCAUUGGUGGUUCUUUUGCGUUCAUUAUGAUAUUUGUCAGUAGUUACGAGGUUUUCGAGCCUGGCCAAUGGGACGUUAAAUCAUUCUUAUUUACCUACCUUUUUGUUUUUAUUAACAUAGGUGUGUUUAUUUCCGUUAAAUUAGUCAAAAGAACAAAAUGGAGGAAAGCAAAAGAAGUUGAUUUGGUCACUGGUCUCAAAGAGGUGGAACUACACGAAGAAGAAUUCUACUUACAGGCAGCUAGCAAGCGUGAUAUUAGUGCAGAUGGUGAAAUCAAGUUGAAGUGGCAUGAAAAAUUUUUCACCUUCAUUUUCGGAAGUGAGCUUUGA